UGAGGCAUGUGUGACGGGGAUAGUUUUGCAUGUUACGUAAUAGAAGGAGGCGGAGGCAGAGGCAGACCUCAACAUUUAAAAGUGCUUUCAGUUCGAAGAAUCCUGAAGUUACUUUCUUUUUCAACACCAUGGACAUUUUAGCAGUUUUACAGAUAUCUCUUUGGCUGUUGACUCUUUGGGUGCAAGGAAGUCAGUAUGUGCAUUGUGUAAACAGAUCUUAACUUUGCUGGAGUCUAUUUUUUUCACUCUUUUUCAACACCUCAGGAGGAAUUCCUGCUCUUCCUGAUUACAUUUCUGUGUAAGAGGAAAGCAAAACAUUACCGAAGAGAAUGGAGGACGGCAUAUUUUUCUAUCCUUUCUCAGACUUUAUGUUGAACGUGGGGGGUCUUUUGUUCUUCUUCUCGGAUGUGGUGCUUGACGUUUGGGCGAUUUUGAGUUUUUAUCAUGAGGAAGCCUAUGUCAGUAUGGGAUUGCUGAUCUUUUUAUUACUGGGAUCAUCUGUGCUGCUGCAGAUAUUCAGUUGGCUUUGGUAUAGCUAUUGCUUGGAAGAGGAAAGUAUGUGCCUCAGAAAAUAUAUGUACCUGGAAAAGUACUUGAAGAAUAGAAUCUUUUGUGGGGUACUCCAUGUGUGUCAGCUGGGAGUCUUCCUCAGGUUUGCCGGCGUGAUGGAGAUCUCUCUUCGCAACCUGAAGACCCGUACAGUCCUGAAGGAGGGCAUCGCCGUCUACCUGACCCAUGACCUCAGCAUGCUGCGCCUCAUCGAGACGUUCUCAGAGAGCGCUCCUCAGCUGAUCCUCAUGAUCACCGUCAUCUUGCAGAGGGAGGACGUGGAGUGGGUCACAGGUCUAAAGACUUUGGGUUCGUUUGCUGCCAUCUCCAUCAGCGUGGUCAUGUACCACCAUUCCAUGCGCUCCUUCCACAAGGACAAGGCCCAGAUGAUGUGGACCUCGUCUCUGGUCUACUUCCUGUGGAACUUCCUCUUAAUUGCCCCACGUGUGGCAGCAAUAGCCCUGUUUGCCUCUACCCUGCCCCUCGGUAUGAUUGCAGUUCACUUCAUCUGCCUGUGGCUCGCACUGUUCCUUUGGGCCUGGCGUCAGAAAACGGACUUCAUGGAGUCCCCGGGCGGGGAAUGGCUCUACCGGGCCACCGUAGCUCUCAUUUGGUACUUCAGCUGGAUCAAUGUAUCCCAGGGCGGCUCCAGACGAAGGAGCAUCAUCUAUCAUUCCAUGAUAGCAGUGGACAUUAUGCUCCUGCUGGGGCUGUGGUGGUGGUGGAAUAGCGACCAGGAUCCGUCUAUAUUCGGCAUGCCAGCCCUGUUGGUGUUUAUUUCAGUGGGUGGAUCCUACACAGUAGGAAUCCUGGGGAAGAUAGUGUACUACAAAAUAUUUCAUCCUAACAAAACAGCCACUGAAGAGUCUGGAGACAAUGAAAAUGCACCUGCUUACUUAAGUAUGGACGAGGUGGACACUUGUUUGCCAGUUGUGGUGCAGUUACGCUCACCCCAACCCCCACCAAAGUCUUUGACUGGGGCCCAGAAGAGGAUGCAGAGACUUGCUGACAAUUUUUUCUCAUAGAUAUGAGCAGCAAGAAGACUUACUAGACACAUUCCAUUACAGUGCUGCAAUGAACAGUUUCUUAUUUUUAACUACUUACUAACCGAGAGUGAGGUCAUGCAGGGAAAUAUCAGACUGAGGCUGUAACGUAUCGACCGAGC